AGGCACAGCCCGGCUUCGAUGAUGCACGAUUCUCAACACACGACCUCCUCCUUUCUCGCCCCAGUCGUUUCCUCCAAGAGAGUCAUGUGCUAGAGUGUUUUCGAAAAGAGUAUGAUAUGCAAACGCUUCGGCUUCCGCUUCUGCUAGAGAAUCCAAUAUUGUAAAUUUUGCCGCCGUCCUAUUGAAAUAACUUCUUCUACUAGCGGACCAGCAGUGGGCUACGGGGGCACGAGGCAGCGAAUUACUCACUCUACUCAUCGUGCCCACCUUAUGAAGGAAAAAGAAACCUACACUAAAAGUAAAACUGCAACCUCGACGAGGAUCAUACAUCUCCCCUGUUUUAAGUACUAAAUAACUAUGGCUCCAGCAGCCGCUGCUCCAGGUGCUGACGGUGCCGCUGUUCCUAUGCAGCCCGGCGCGACCUCCGCGGGGGAAGCGAUGCCGGGGCCAUCCCCUGUGAUGGAGCAACAAAAGGCUACUGCGAAUACUUCGCCCGCUCGCAGUGCCCGGCCGGACACAGAGCUCGAUAUGGACGACCCCGAUCACUCCAACUCCCCACGCACACUGUCGGAGCUGAACAUUCAGAAUUCCUACAAAUUCCUGCGCACCGUGGAGGACGAUGUGCUGCGGAUGACUUACUUCGCCACCUCCGUGGAGGUUAGCUGGAGCGAGACGGCCUUCUGUCGGGUGCUUGACAAGUUCCGCUUCGUCUUGAAUGUGCAAUCCGCCCAGGAUCUGCGCACGGUGUUGGGCAACCGAGAACUUGCCAACCGGAGCCUGAAAAAGGUAUCGGACAUGGAAUGCUCUACAACAAGAACAGCGUGAAAAAUUUGUUCAAAAGCAAUGAUGAAAGUAUUUUUGCUACGAUAAGAGCCGCUUCUUUGCCCUCUUAGUCUUACAAGCAAUAAGUUAUUCACUCUCAUUGAAAUUGAAAUUUAGGCCGGGCGACGCACCCUUCGCAAUCGUACCUUCGCGAUCAUGGAGAAGCACCUGAAUCGCAGUGCACCGAUGAAGGGCGCGCAAAAAGAAAGGAAGAAUGCGCUGGAGGUUGCGCAGGAGAAGACCGCAUGUUUCGCGCCGGUUCCACCCACGCCGGCACUUAUCCCGCCGGUUUACCAGAGGCCUGAGGUACUGAGUUGUAAAAAAUGCAUGCGUUGUAUACUUGCAAUUUUGAGAGUCCUCAGAUUUGUCCCGCUUGUUUUUCUUUCGUCUCCACGUGCUUCAUAGAUUUUCAGCUCUUGUAUCUAUGGCUGGGGGGUGACGGAAGCACUGAAUCCGCGAACAAAAACCUCCUGACGAAGGCGGUGCUUACGCCAUGAUCGAUGAAAACUAACAGGUUCUGGACCUUCGGUUGUCCUUUGGCGGCGAGAAGCUCGUGAAUGAGUGUACCGUGGAGCUGACCGGCGCCCAUAUGGAGAGUCGGGAAAUAUUCGGCUACCUAGCGAAAACAACCGUGCCACCAAGUCCAACCAAUCGAGGUAAACAACUAAUGGGAGUUGCACAAACAAAUGAAUUGUCAUUGUGAGCAGGCAGUAGAAGUAGUUGUGGACAUAGGGACGCGCAUCUUGUCCGCAAAUAAGAGGUGAUUCGGACCGAUCUUCUGGCAACUAAAUCAAAAUUAUUUCCCGCAGUAGCGAUAAACAUUAUCAAGAUCAACAAAUUAAUUGAUGGGACUCCUACAAGUUCAAGUAUAAAACCUUGUAUCUGUUUAUGUGAUUUCUUUUUCUAGAAAACGAAAAAAAGAAAUUAAAAAAAACAGAUAACUCGCUGUACACUACCGAAAUGGCGCAGCUGAGCGCCGUUCAGAAAGAGGCCGAGAUGGUGUUACUGAACCAGGAGAAACUGAUGAUAGAGCGGCGACGGCAAAUGCGGGAGGAGGCCAAGGAGCGGGAAAAACGAAAGCUGGAAGCUGCCAAGAAGCCGAGGAAGAAACUGGAUCAGAUGGGGAUGGAUGAGGUAGAGAAGUAGGAUCGCACGCACAUAAAUUGUCUUCUUUUGUCCUGUACCCACUUCCAGAAUUCAAGCGAGUAGACGCUUCUGUAGUUUGAUUUCGUGCUCUGCUGGGUUUGCAUCGAAUAUAGUUUGAGAUGAUCACAGUCCUACAUAUUCGAAAAUAGAAAUACAAAUACUGCAAAACAAACAGGAGGAGCAAGCAGAGGGUGGCGCUCCAGCCGAGGGCGCGGAGGGCGAGCAAGCGCAGGCCGGCGAGGGCGAGGGCGCGCCAGCCGAGGGCGAGGAGCAGCCAGCGGCACCGGCGGACGAAAGCACCGCUCCCGGUGCGGAAGGAGGUGAACAAGCAGCGGCGGCGUAAAAGACGAACAAAGAACCACAUCGCAGAUGCGCCACCCGACUACCUCCUGCACCCUUCCCAUCAGCCAGUUAGCUAGCAGCCGUUCGGCACGCCGGCAAUGUUUCGACCCCGUGGAUGUCUCCCCGCACAACCUCACUUCUUCCAGAAUUUUUACCCAUUUACCUCUACCCCUUUUCCUCAAUGGCACUGGCAUUACCCGACCAGCACCGCCCAGAACCGCCUAAGUCGCAACCUCGUCAGGAACGCGAUUCGUGAUGAAGAGGCGCGGCUGGCACAGAAUGAUCAGAUCCAAGAUCGAGAAAGAGAAUCGGACAGGACGAAGCGCAUCUUUGGCCGCUGCGCAAAGAUGCACGAGCGUUUGUUGAAAAAACUGUAGAAUAUAAUUGUAAUGCGGACAACGACAAAUGAAGAAGAAGAUGAAAUGCCAGCACCUACAGCACGUACUUUCUGUGCGGACAGCGAAAAAACGCAAAACUCGUUUCGGUUUCCAAAAUUUGAGACAAGAAGCUCGUCUUGUCUGGGAUUCAACAAUUUUAAAUGCCACCAGCACCACCUCACUCAUGCGAUUCGAUGGCUACGUGCUACCGUAUUAUCGAAGACACAACAAAGUUGUAACCCGGCGAGUAUGAAAAACCGGUGAAGAUGUUCAUUAGGCGGUGAAAGUUACGUAUCAACAUGUUCUUUGACGGGGGAAGCAAUUCGUCGCCGCGUAUUUCUAGUGAACUACUUGCAACUAUUGGAGACUGCGUAAGUGCUCGUUCACGACGUAUCGAGCUCCUUGUUCGUGUAUCUUAG